CUCAAAGACGCUGCUUCAUCACGUGCUGAUGACCCUCUUCACCACACAGCCGUCAUCAUGGGCGCCGCCUCGUCCAAAGCUGCAAGAAAAUAUCCAAAGAUGGCUGAGAAACAGUCCUGGGCCGGUGCUAGGACUCCUCGUACUGCAGACACAACUCCUCGACCCAGGGCUAGCCAAGUCAAAAAUGAAGAUAUCGAACGCGAUGCCCAAGACCCACAUUUUUUGUCUAAUUUGAAUCGGAUGGGUCAAGUACGCGUGGAUCAUCAUAUGCAGUCAUUCCAGCCGGCUGCAUCCAAAAGCAGCGUACUCCGCUCCCGUGCCCGAUCCGAGUUGGAAGAAACGUCAAGUACAGGACGCAAUGUCUACGCUGCAACACUCAGCUCCAUGCUUAAUCAACGGAAAUCAUGCACCACGCGUCUCGACGUCGAAAAUCUUGCUCGAAACUACAAAAUUGAUGUCCAAAAACUGGAAAGUAUUUCAAAGUUUGUCAACAGUCCUAGCGUCGACUCUAGUUCCGUCGUGAAAACCGUGGAUGAAGACGGUAACGAGAGUCGAAGCAUGCUGGCUGUUUGGAUUAAACCGAACAUUCGCCAGUGAUGGACAUUAUAUUUCCCUGACCAUUUUCUCUCGUGAGCUCUGGAAACCUCGAGAUAGAAAACAUCCAUGUAUUGUGUCAAGCAGCACAACAAGGGCAA